ACUCUGCCCCUUCCUCCGCAGCCUGGGGAGAAGCCCCGGUCUACCUCCACCUCCACACACACACACACACGGUGGUACACACACACUCUUCUCCAGCCAUGGCAGUGCAGCAGCUCCUCAUGCAACUCCUGCUGCUCUGCACUCUCUUCUCCGUGUGCAGUCCUGCAGACAGUACCAGCGAUGAGAACCCGUUAAAAAGGCUCCUGAAGAAGAGAGAUGCUGUAGAGUCUCCAUCAAAGUCUCCAUCACCUGUCGCCGUGGCGCCAGCCAAGGCCAAGGAGUUCCUGGCACCACUACGGAGAGCCAAGAGGAACAUCUGGGACCGCAGCAGAGCAGACGUGCAGCAGUGGAUCAUGCAGUUUAUGUACAUGGGCUACGACGAGGCAAGGCUGGAGACGGACCUCUCCUACUGGAUGGACCAAUCCCGAUCCAGGGAUCACAACCAGCAGCACCAUUACGACGAGAACUCCCCGACGGGACACCACGACCCUCGCUCAUACCGCUAUGGCGCCAACGUCAAUUACGACUAUUAUUAAUCCGCCUUCGCUUGCAGCCCACAGGGGAAGGCCGCUCCUCAUUAGGGGCCUGCAGGAGUGGGAACCUCAGUGAUGUGAGCAAACGCAGCGCUGCCCAUGUCCAUGCUAAUCUGUCCAGCCUGUUGCUACCGCUAUACUCAUAUCAUGUACUAGAUAAUCCAAUCCCCAGGAUCUCCGUCAGCCUUGAGGCUCACAGGUGCCUCUUCGACUGGACUGCAUACUAUGAGCAAAUCUAUAUGAUGGGAAACAUGUGCUAUAUCCUCAAUGUAUUAAAAGUGUUGGACU